AUGGAAGGGAUCUUCAAUAGUAAGGAUCUUUACGAAUACCUCGAGGAGCAAAAGCAUUCGGGAAUAUCAAAGACCAGAAGGAUAUCCUUGUACUACAAGGCAACAUCGAAAAGUGUGGGAGACGACGAAUACUCAUUGAGGAUAUGGCUGGAUUACAUCCAAUUGCUUAUGGAUGGAACAAAAGAUACAACAGAGGCCAGGGAGACAUUUAAGAUGAUAAAGAUGAGAUUUUGUAAGUUCUACAACUAUUGGGAAGCUUACAUCCGAUUUGAGAUAGAGACAGGAAACGAAAAUCUCGGGAAGAUUUUGCAGCACAGCAUCGAUUUUGUUAAAGUGAAAGAGUUUCCCGAAAAGAAAAAUGUGCUGGAUUAUUUGGAGUGUGUGAUAUCUUAUGUCCGUAAUCAGCAAGACUUGUCUGUAUUCUGCAGAAGCCCAGAGAAAAGUCUUGAUGCAGACGGAAGGUUCACCAGUCUUUUUGAGACCCAAAUGGGAGACCGUGGAGGCAAGAUUUUGAAGAAGGAUCAGAAAGAGCCCAGGUAUGAGUAUGAAGGAGGGAGAGGGCUCUUUCCAAGAAACGAUGAUAUUUACUCUACGCCUGGAGAAUGUAAAGAAAACCUGAGCAAUAGAAGCAAGACUGACAGUAGUAGCCAGACAUUGCUCUCCAGCUUGGAUACAAAGACUGGAAAUCACGGUAGUUCAUUCUUUGGGACAAUACCUGUUAGAUUUGAGAAGGAGGAUUACUCCCAGGGAAUAACUGCAGAGAUAAAUGCAGCUUUGGGAAAAGCAGGUUCGGAGGAAAGCAGCUCAUCUCCUCGAUCGGGAACGAUAAGAGCCAGGGAGAAGAUAUCUGUUAAAGGGAAGGAUAUUGAAAUACUUAAGCAAAUAGGAAAGGGAGGAAGUAGCAAGGUGUACAAAAUUCUCCUGGGAAACAGUGUGUACGCUUUGAAAAGAGUCGAACUUGUUGGAGACGAAAAGAUGCUUAACUCCUAUAUCAACGAGAUAAAUCUACUUUACAAGUUCAAGGGGGCGCCGGAGAUAGUUGAGAUCAUAGACCAUGAGGUAAAUGAGGACUAUCUACACAUUCUACUGGAAUAUGGAGAAACCGAUUUAUCCCAAAUCAUAAAAAGAGGAAACCUAAGCAUAAACUUCAUUAAGGAUGUGUGGGAGCAGAUGCUCCUGAUAGUGAAGAGGGUUCACAUGGAAAGAAUCAUUCAUUGCGAUCUUAAGCCUGCAAACUUCUUGUUUGUCAAAGGACGUGUCAAGCUCAUAGACUUCGGGAUAUCCAAGGUCAUAAGAAACGACACCACCAGCAUUCUCUCUGAAGAGCAAUGUGGAACAGUAAACUACAUGUCUCCAGAAGCAGUUACGCAAAACAAAUCAAAGGUAGCCCGAAGCUCGGACAUUUGGUCUCUAGGAUGCAUACUGUAUGAAAUGGUUCAUUCGAAGCCUCCGUUGCAUGAAUAUCCUAAUUUGAUCCAAAAGAUCCAGAAACUGCAAGAGUACUCGGAAUUCAAAUAUUCAAGUGAGAAUAAACUUGCCGUCAUGGUUAUGAAGGAGUGUCUUGUCCGAGAUCCAAAAAAAAGGCCAACCAUAGACAAUCUUCUUAACCACAGGUUCCUCACCGGGGAAAUCCAUCUAGAGCCGCUCCGAGAGCUGGUAACAAAAAUCCUUAGAAUCAGUGGAAAGGACAAGGCUGACCCAGCAUAUGUUGACAAGAUAACUGAGCAGCUUUGGAAUGACCAUGGAUAA